AUGCCAUCUCUAACGGUAUCUGUAGGUUCCGAUAACAGCAACUAUGAAGCUCUUACAGGCGAGGUCUACCAGGUCGCCACCAUCGUCUUUUUGUCCUGGGCAGGGUUUGCCAUCUUCUUCAUGAUUAUGGGCACCGGUCUCUUCUACUCGGGCUUGUCUCCCCGGAAAUCCGCCCUGUCUCAGGCUGCCAUCUCUCUCAUCGCCAUGGCCAUCAUUCAAAUCCAAUGGUUUGUCUGGGGCUAUUCGCUCACUUAUUCCCAGACUGGCGCAACAGCCUACAUUGGUAACCUCGCAAAUGCAGGGUUCCGCAAUAUCUUCACACUCUCCAACAUUGCAAACACAACAGCUUCCGCCACAGACUCGGCAACAUCCCUCGGAGCUUCUGCACCAAACACUAUUCUCGGAAAAACAGCAGCUGUUUACGGAUCCAUGUAUGCUUGCGUCACAGGCGCACUCUUGAUUGGCGCUAUUGCAGACCGUGGACGCGUUCUUCCAGCUAUGGUCUUUCUCUUUGUUUGGGCAACAAUCGUCUAUGCACCCAUUGCCUGCUGGUCUUGGAACCCCAACGGCUGGGCCGCAAAGCUCGGAUAUCUCGACUAUGCUGGUGGUACACCUGUCCACAUCACGGCCGGUUACGGAGCCCUCGCGUAUUCUCUCAUGCUCGGCAAACGCGCAGGUAUGGACGCCGUCUGGUCAUCGACACGUUGGAUUCGGUUCCGCAGACUUUUAUCGCGUAAAGUCCGUAGUCAUCACUCAGAAUCAGACGAUUAUAACACAUCUAGUAGCUUGGCCAGUGAAAAGGCGACUGACUCGGCUCUUCUUGCUCUCGAUGCAAGACCUCACUCGGUUCUGCUGGUUGUUCUUGGCACCGCCCUCAUGUGGGCCGGCUGGAUGGGCUUCAACGCUGGUGCCUCUAUCGUCCCAACUCUGCGUACUCUCCAAGCCGUCAUCAAUACAAACAUCUCCGGUGCCAUGGCAGGUAUCACUUGGAUGUUAUUAGAUUUCCGUAUGGGGCGCAAGUGGUCUGUGGUGGGCUUUUGUUCCGGUGUCAUUUCCGGCCUAGUAGCCAUUACUCCGGCCGCUGGCUUUGUCCCGGCUUGGUCUGCACUCAUCUUUGGUCUUGUUGGCGGAGCAGCUGCAAACGGAGCAACCAAGGUCAAGUUUCUGCUGGGCAUUGACGACGCACUUGAUAUCUUUGCAGUCCAUGGAAUCGGUGGUGUUACCGGCAACAUUCUCACAGCACUCUUUGCGUCCAAGUCCAUUGCAGCACUCGACACAGUCACAGUCAUUAAGGGUGGCUGGCUUGACCAUCAUUACGUCCAACUGUGGUUUCAAAUAGCAGGCACUUUGGCCUCCAGUGCCUAUGCCUUUGUCAUGACAGCCGUCUUACUUUUUCUCAUUGGACUUAUCCCUGGACUCCAACUGCGCGUUUCUCGUACCGCUGAUGAAGCUGGCGGUCUCGACCUUUCCCAACACGAUGAGUUUGCUUACGACUACGUCGAACUUGUCCCAGACCUUCCAUGUUCAGCCUCGGAGCUUUGGCCCAUGAUUGGCGGUGGUCAAGCAACUACAACAGGCGCAGAUACACCAGGAGUAGGAGGUGUUGCCAACAACUUUCAUCGUAGCGAUGACGGCAAGUAUGAACAAGCAGAAUACGAGAGUUCACCGCCUAAACCUGGAUCAGUUCACAGUAUUGAAAAAAGAAGCAAAUUUUUCCGGUUCAAUAAGAAAAACCAUUCUGCUGAAAAAGUCAGCAUCUCCAAAAGCUCGCCAACCCCGCCUACUUCAGGUCCUGCUUCAAGCUCUGUGCCAAUCAUGUCAGCAAUAACAUCAUCAUCAUCAUCACCAUCACCUAUACCAUCAUCAAAUACCCCAGUUGCUCCUGUUGUUGCUCCAUUGUCACCUUCAAGAAGAUACUCGGCACUUAGCACACAAGAAAUGCAUCCUGAUGACCCAUUAGCCCCGGUCUCUGAACAGCAUGUAACUCCAUCAGACUCCAUCUCUCCAGCAGCAUCAGCAACAGCAACAGUACCCCCAGUUUCACGUACUGGCACUCGCCCAUCCUACAAUCGCAGCGAGUCUUCUGGUGUGGUACCCCUAUUGCGUCGAUCUUCUAAUAUUUCAGAAAUCGUCCCGGAUACAAUUCCCAGCCCACUUGUACCCACCUCUUCAUAUCUUCACAUGCAUCACCAUCAUCAACCCAUCCCACCAACAUCUCUGCGCAUGCGUGCCGGCGGAAGCACUGAAAACCUACACUCUACGUUGUCGUCAGGGCCAAUACUUGGGCAUCGUCCGUCGCUCACAGGUAGCCUGACUGGCGGCAGUACGUCUUACAAUACACCUUCAUACUCGCCCAUAACCACCAAUUUUAGUCCGGCUGUUCCAUCUUCGCUGCGAAGAAUUAGUCGCAGCGGCUCGUUUUCUGAUUCUCUCGACAAUGAAGAGGAUGAUUCCACAACGUAUGCACGGAUCCACAAUAACCUGCGGAUUCAUGAAGAGCCUAUCUUGGCUUCGGGUUUGUCCACACCUGCAUCUGAAGCUUCGCCUAACCCAGACGAUACCGAUCGCAAUGAUAGCGAUCCGGAAAAAAGUGAUACCAACAACCGUGAUGAUGCCCGCAGAAAAAUACUUGACGACCAGGAUCAAUCCUCACAACGGACCUCUACCACUGGUUUGGGCGAGCGACCGGGACGUGUCAUGGGAAUUCUGAGUGCAAACAGAAGCGGCAGCACAAUGUCUUCAUACAUGCUUGACGGGUCUGACGACCGUGACCGUGAUCGCUAUCGUGACCAUGAUCGAGAUCAUGGCAAUAUGCGUAUGACCUUUUCCGGGUUCCGACCACGUGCUAGUGAUGAAUGA